UGUUGUUUAUAUUUCGAAAGAAAAGUGUCAUUCAACACUGAAUCAGUGUUUGGCGUGUAAAACCAUCAAAGAUGUCGUUGGAUCUACUCCCUGCAAAGUUAAAACCUAUCGGGCAUUACAUAAAGACAGCGAUCGAGCAUGACAAGCGAGAUCCGGUGGUAGCAUAUUACUGUCGGUUUUAUGCAGUAAAGAAAGGAAUAGAAAUAGACAGCUCCUCUCCAGAAUGUAAAAGCUAUUUACUGGGAUUAAUGGAUUACUUGGAGAAGCAAAAGCAAGCUGCCCCAGAGGAUUCACCAAUCAAAAAUGAGGUCGUAGGUCAAGCACAUGUUGAGAACUAUGCCCUGAAAGUAUUCCUGUAUGCUGACAAUGAGGACAGGGCUGGGAGACAUAACAAGAAUGUUGUCAAGUCAUUUUACACGGCAGGAAUGCUGUUUGAUGUUCUUUCUGUGUUUGAUGAAGUCAGUGAAGAUAUUGAGAAGAACAAAAAAUAUGCCAAAUGGAAAGCAGCUUACAUCCACAAAUGUCUGAGGAAUGGAGAGACCCCCAUUGCUGGGCCUUUACCUGAAAAUGACGAGGAAGACAUACCACAGCCUUCCACAUUCAGUGAUGCCACAGCAGGGCCCUCAUCCUACAGUAGCCAGCCACCAGAUCAGCCCUCACCGCCUUAUCCUUCAGGAAAUCAACCACACCCGGGGACACAGUCUGCACCAGGGGGAGCUCAAGGAUGGCCUCAGGCCCCUUCACAGGCCACCCACCAAUCACCACCCCAACCCCAUCACUCUGCACCUGUACCACAGGACACAUGGAAACCUCCCUCCAAUCCCAGUGGUGUGAAAUUAAAGUCAGAAGAUUACCAAAAAGCUCAGAAGUUCUGUAAAUUUGCCAGCAGUGCACUUCAGUAUGAAGAUCCAGCAACAGCCAUAGACAAUUUAACUAAAGCCCUCAAACUGUUAACCACAGGCAAGGAGAGUUAAUGGUGGGACAGUAUUGGCCAUAGAUAAUCAGGCACAUGUAGGACACACUAUGUGCCAAAUGUGAUAAAAGUAUCAACUGUACAGUCAAUAAAUGUUUUAGUAACUUUCCGAUAUGUAAGUAAUGUAUUAUUUGCAAUGUUUGCAGGUUCUUUUCUUCAAAAUAAUAGUACAGGAUUGAAUAGGAGUCAUAGGAAGUAGGAGUAAUACACAAAUAAUGUAAAUAUAGUAAAUAGGCUAUCAUAUGAAAAAGAAUUGUGUAUCUUUUUUAAUGUUUUAAAUCUCAUGAAAAUUAUGGCACCAUUAGUAUCUUCAUGGUAAAGCUUGGUUAUUUCAGAAUUAGUAUUUAUCCUUUUUCCUUAACCAUCUCUUUUUUUUCUCAAGUUGAGAUUUAGAAAAAUAAAUUCCAUUUGUUCUGUAAAGACACAAUCAUGUCCAAGCAGUGAUGCAUUUGAUACAAUUUCGCUUCUUUCAAAAUAUGAAAUAAUUAAAAAAAAAAACUUUUAUAAAAUCAGUCAAGUAAUUACAAUUUACCUAUAUACAUGUAAGUACUCUUUUAUCAGUGAAAAGUUAACACAGAAAGGUAAGUAAUAUAAACCUGCUAUCAUUUUAUAUCUAUUUACCCUGUAGAAUAUAUAACAAACCUGAGAAUACACGCUAAGAAGUGUUGUUAUUUCUCACUUUGUGGUAUAGGUAUUGUUACCAUGGUUACAGAUCAUGCUUGUGUGGGGUGAUUAAGUACAUGUAUUCCAUACUGUUGAAUAUUAAUUUUAAUUUACAAUGUACACAUCAGAGAAUUGCUUUUAAAUUUAUGUUUUUUUAUAUUUCUUUCACCAAUAUACAUCAAAUAGAUUUUGAUUACUUUCUAA